UAUUUAACUAUCGAACAUGACACCGUAAACCUUUUAAAACCUGUUUUGGUGACAACUGUCAGUAUGGUCACGCCAAUUAAGCAAAUAUGAAUAGUUGGACAUUUUGAGAGAUCUUCUUUACUGUCAUGAGAGAGUUAGAAGAAUUUUAUCGUCUGAGCUUUAAAACAUCAAAAACCAGAAAAAUACUAAUCACAGCUUCCUAAUGUGCAAAGUCUUACAACAGUUUUGUCUCUUUGUGGUCGUUUUGCAUCUUUUUGACUGUUUUAACAACAACAACAACAAACAACCAAAACCAACUGAGACUCUGGUCCAGGGGCCUCCUGAACCACUCGGGCCCCCAUUCAGUAACCCAUCUAUUUACGGUAUAAAAUGGGAGUGGCAGUGAGGACUGUAACUCCUCCUGUGAGCGAUAUUUCAUUACUAACCCUUCAUCUUCACAGUCAGUGAAGGUUUCAGUAGAAAUAACGCUGUUCUUCACGCUGUUUAAACGUGGCUGUGCUGUGUAAUGAUGGGCUUGAAUAUGUUGCCUGAUGCAACAGUCAAGACAAUAAAACUAAGUGAAUCUGAAUUUCAGAGAGAACCAGACAAAAGACUGAGCAGCGUGAGACGGUAGAGCGAGGUAGAUAAAGAGCUGGAGAGAGAGAGGGAGAGAGGGAGGGACGUUGUCAUCACGUACGGCUGAGGAGGGGAGGUGAGGGGAGGGGGUGUUCAGCCGGUCUCUCCUCCUCUCUGCUGCAGCGGCCAUGCUGCUGUCCGCCGUCUGUCUCGGUGCAUCCCGGUCCUCCGCCGGUGUAGCCUGCCCGCCGCCGCCGCUGCAUCCCCGCAUCCCGGGUUAGCGCACCGGCCUGGACCGGGGUCGGACUCAGUCGUAGCACGGACCCGCUCGACGAUCCACGGGAACAGACCGGAACACGGCACCGGUGGUGGGGGGAGAAGAGGAGAAAGCCUCCAUAGCAACAAACCGGUUUCACGGCAUUAUUGCGAUGGAGGGAUGUUAAGGACGCCAAGUGUGACCGGGACAAACCCCCCCCAAAUGAACCGGAUUACAAGGACGACACCCCAGCUGGUCCGCUAAGACUCAUCGUGCUUGUACCAGGUCUACAGGACAGUGUACUAGGUUUAAAGCCAGGACAGUGAGGUUACAGCUGGGUUACUGAGACUGCAAGAAGGUUACUGUGAGGACUCGAUCGGCCAAAUCACAGAGCAGAGGGUUGACCUUUGUCGGGAAAACUGUGGAACAGACUGGCUGAGCUUGAAAUGAGGUGCAGGGAAACCUCUGUCCAAUUGCAUACACUGGGACUCAAUUACUUUAAAUGAGGUUUAGUUCUACUAACAUGAUUAGUGUGCAUCUAGAUUGUAUAUUUCUGGUUUAGAACAUCUACUGAAUACCUGAAUUUUAGGUUUCUAUUAGUAGGGAAGGGACUGUUUUGAGUUCUGACAGUACCACUUUAGCUGUGUUCGUUGUUAAAAAUGAAGUCUGAGUAGCAUACUGCUGGAUUUAAACAGGAUUACCUGAUCUAGAGAUAAUCUGUCAUCUUUUUUUGGAAUUGUACCUGGAUUACAAAGAUUUAAGUCAAUUUAAUUGACUACAUCCAGGACAAGAAGCAGGUAACCAAAAAACAAAGUCAAGUUUCUGGGUCUACCCCAUCUUCUUACUGGUUCUUCAGUUGGGAUUGUGCCUGAAUUUUGACACUCCAGGAGUACGACAUCAAAAAGCCUAAUAGUUCUACAUCACUCUUUUGGGAUUACAAAAAUAUCCCGGUACUAGAAAAAAUACUUGUCACUGGUUCUACAAAGAAGUCGCCAAGCUUACAACCAAUUUUACUGGGACUACACAGCAAGUUCUUAAAACUAGAGUCAAGUUAUUCUCGCUGUGACAAGCAGUGAUUUCAACAAACCUGAUAAAAGUCACAUUUACCGCUGUUGGAAGAUGAAUCUUAUGUAGCAGGGACUCUGUUGGACACUACUGGACCAGUAUUCACCAUGUCUCUGAGUAAGACCCUUGAGCUGGAGCACUUUGACGAACGCGACAAGGUUCGCCGGGGACGCUCCACCCGGGCCAAGAGAGAUGACUCCACAAGCAGUGCUGGCGGUGGGGGGUCUGGGCCCAGCUCCAGGGGCAGCAGCCUGGUUCCCAGCCCUGCCCACAGCGCCAACUGCAGCUACUACCGGACCCGAACCCUGCAGGCGCUCACUUCAGAGAAACGAGCCAAAAAGGUCAGGUUCUACCGCAACGGAGACCGGUACUUCAAGGGUCUUGUGUACGCUGUUUCCAGUGAUCGGUUUCGUUCCUAUGAUGCACUGUUGAUGGAGCUGACGCGCUCGUUGGCGGAUAACCUCCAUCUGCCACAAGGGGUGCGCACGAUCUACACCAUAGAUGGCAGCAAGAAGAUCACAAGUAUGGACGAGCUGGUGGAGGGUGAGUGCUAUGUUUGCGCCUCCAACGAGCCUUACCGAAAGGUCGACUACACCAAGAUCUCCAUCCCAAGCUGGAAGCCCGGAGCAGGCGCCGGGACCGGCGCGGCGAGCUCGACCCGGUCCACCACGGUGUCCACCGGCGUGUCAGCGAGCACCGGCGCUACCUCCAAAGAUCGUCCCGAAGGUCGAGAGGGCAGGGAGAGCAAAGACUUCAUCAAGCCCAAGCUGGUGACGGUGAUCAGGAGCGGCGUGAAGCCUCGCAAGGCCGUGAGGAUCCUGCUGAACAAAAAGACAGCGCACUCCUUUGAACAAGUGCUGGCCGACAUCACAGAGGCCAUCAAGCUGGACUCUGGGGCUGUGAAGAGGCUGUACACACUGGAUGGAAAACAGUUGACUUGUCUGCAGGAUUUCUUCGGCGAUGACGAUGUGUUCAUGGCGUGCGGGCCGGAGAAGUUUCGCUACGCUCAGGACGACUUUGUGCUCACACACAGCAGCAAAACACCGGCUUUUGUUAAUGAGUGCAGAGCCAAAGCAUCUCGUUCUGCUGCCCCUCAGAAAACUACAACUCCCAAGACUCCCAGCGGCUCCGGGUUUUCCUCCUCUAAGACUCCACCCAAAGGCCCAUCCAGAACAAAGUCUCCUGGCCCAGCUACUGAGGGUUCAGGAUCACUGGCUGGGAGGUCAUCCAGGUCCAGCGCCUCCCCCACCAGCCCUGGGACUCGACGCAGCCUCAAGAUCUCUCCUCGUCGUGCCUCCUCCACUGAUGUUAACGGCGAGGCCGAGCAGCCAGAUGACGCCACUGUUGAAGUGAACGGUAAUCGAUCUGUUUCUUCCUCCAUCAUCAAUGAGAAGUACAAAGUUGGUAAAGUGAUCGGAGAUGGAAACUUUGCUGUGGUGAAGGAGUGUGUGGAGAGGGCGACAGGGCAGGAAUAUGCCCUGAAGAUCAUUGACAAAGCUCGCUGCUGUGGGAAGGAGCAUCUGAUAGAAAACGAGGUGGCAGUGCUGCGGAGGGUUCGACAUCCAAGCAUCAUCCAGUUAAUUGAGGUGGAUGAAACGCCCUCUCAGCUGUUCCUGGUUAUGGAGCUUGUCAAGGGCGGCGACCUGUUCGAUGCCAUCACCUCCUCCACAAAGUACAGCGAGCGUGACGCCAGUGCCAUGGUGUUCAACCUGGCUGGAGCCAUCAAAUACCUGCACCGAAUGAACAUCGUCCACCGAGACAUCAAACCAGAGAACCUGCUGGUGUGUGAGUAUCCAGAUGGCACAAAGUCCCUGAAGCUGGGUGAUUUUGGUUUGGCGACAGUAGUGGAGGGACCACUGUACACUGUUUGCGGAACGCCGACAUAUGUUGCCCCGGAGAUCAUUGCAGAGACCGGUUAUGGUCUUAAGGUGGAUAUCUGGGCAGCAGGAGUGAUCACCUAUAUUCUGCUAUGUGGAUUCCCUCCAUUUAGAAGUGAGAAUAAUGUCCAGGAGGAGUUGUUUGAUCAGAUCCUGAGAGGGAAGCUGGAAUUUCCAUCUCCAGACUGGGACACCAUCAGCCUGCCUGCAAAGAUGCUGAUAAGUCAGAUGCUGCAGGUGAACGUGGAUGCUCGUUUCACUGCCGAGGAGGUCUUAGCUCACCCCUGGGUGACGGAUGAACCUCCGAUUGACUCCAACACUGUGAGCAGCACUGAAGACCAGACCAGUGGAGAUACACUGGAACCAGAACAGGAAUCACCAAUACUGGAAACCAAACAAGUCCCCUCACCCCUGGUCUAAAAUACAUCCCUUCUCAUCACAGAGAAACUGAACAUAGCACUCUUUGUUUGACCAUCGGAAACCCAGAAUGUUUCCCCACUCCCUGAUGGCCUCCCUGUUUUUUUGUUUGUUUUUUUCAGUGAAAACUAAAUGAAUAAUGAAUUCCCUCACUGCCAGUCCAGCACACAUCCUGCUUUAUCUUUUGGACUCCAAAUGAUUUUGAAGUCCACCACCAUCCAGUCUGGGAUAGGACAUGUUUCACCUGCUGGAAACCAAAUGAGCUCCUUCAAAUCUGAUCUAGAACACAUCAUGUUUUCUCUACUGGACACCAAACAAGUGCCCUCACCACCAGUAAUGCUCCAUUUCAUCUUCUGGAAACUGAACAGAACAUAGCUCAUUUGACCUACUGAAAGCUUCCCCACCCCUGCCUCCCCUACUGAAAACCAAGUAAGUUCUGUUGCUUCUUCUGGAGACCAAACCAGUUCCUUCAGAUCCAAACAAGAUCUGCUACAGAAAACCAAACAAGUUCACUCACCUCUGGUCCAGAGUACAUCCAAUAUCUUUUUCUGAAAACCAAACA